GGGAAUUAUAAAGAUUUCUUUCUUUCCUUUUUUUUUUUUCUUUUCUUUUAUUAUAUUUCUUUAUUAUAAAAUGAAUUUAUUAUCACUUUUAUUAGGUCACUAUAAUAAUAAUAAUAAGCCUUUUUACUUGUAUAGAUUCGAGCAUACCUCUCAUCUGUUAUUUAAAUUUGAAGACAUUGCCUUUUUAUUUAACUUAAAGCAUGACUUACUAGAAACAGAUUCCGUUCCUUGUUAUCAAGAUAAACAGAAUCUUACCGAUAUUUAUUUGACUACAACUGAGUUAGCUAGAUUGGCUAUUAAACAUAACAAAUUUCUGUUGGCUGAACUUUGCAAAUUGAAGCCUGGUGAUUAUGCUGCAUCACUGGAUGAGUCUAUAUUGUCUAAAUUAUCGCGUUUAAACUAUCAUAAAUCUAAAAAAGAUGACAGUCAAUUUACAAUAACACAAAUUCAGUUACAAUGGGCAAUCAACCAAGAAAAUAGUAAUAAAGUAAAAUCAGAACCAACAUCACCUCCAUCUAUUUCUACUCAUCGUUCUGAUCCAAUGGCCUUGGAUACCAUGUUAAUAGGCGCGGGCAGCCAACAACAGACAAGGAGAUUAAGCAGGACAUUGGAAGAACAACCAAACAAAAAACAAAAAAAGAAUAAUAGUGAUGAUUCUACUAGUAUUCCUCAUUUACCAAAACCUAUUCAUACCGUCAGUUCUCAGCAACAAGCCUCGACAUUACUUGCAAAAAGAUUAGGUGGAUUAAAUAAUAGUAGUAGCAAUAAGAAUACAAGAAAUUUAACUAUUUAUACUCCUUCUUAUGGUGAACAAUUAAAUGGUAUUCGGUCUGCACCUCUUCAUUCAAAGUUUCCACAUGGAAAGCCACAGCAGCAACAACAACAACAACCUCAUCCUUUAUCACAAGCUACCAUGUUAUCUCCUGCUUCAUCCACCACUGUAAACUCAGAAUUUGCUAUUCCUCCUAUUGUACCUUCACAACAACAACUUCAGCAGCAACAAGCACCUUAUCAUCAACCACCCCAUACUGCACACCCAAGCAGUAUUCAUCCAUCAGAUACUCAUACUACUAGUAAUAGUAAUAGUACAAAUAAUCAUCUUGGGUAUCAUCAACAACACCCUCAUUUUCCACCUCGUUCUCCUCAAUAUUACCCAUCCACUGCUUAUGGACACAGUUUUCCUGUUACAUCAGGACGUGUGGUUAUGACAGAAGCAAGCCAUUCUUCUUUAUUACCACCCAAGACACCUACAACUCUACAUCCAAAUGGUUCAUCCUCUUUACAAAAACAGCAAUUUAUGCAGCCAUUUGAACAUCUAUUUGAAACAAUUGAAACAACUCGUACAUUAAAAUCUACACUAGAUGAUCAAAUUAGACGUUCCUCCACUUUAAUUCAAACUUUACAAACUUCAUCCACUACAAUUGAAUCCCUUAUUCGCAGCCAAAUUAAAGAGGCUCAAAAGGAAAUUCUUCAAAGAAUGGAAGAUUCAAUAGAGACUUUAUUUAAACGGAUUUCAUCCUUAGAGAGAAGAAUGGUGUCUUAUGUAGUAACUGAACAAAAAUCGUCUGAUGAAAACAACUGUGAAGUAAGAUCAUCUUCACAGGAGCCUUCUUCCUUAUUGAUCAGUCCACCCACUAUUGUAAAAUCACAACAAGACAUUGGUCCAAAUGAAUAUUUCACUAUGUUAGAAACAUUACGAGAACGAUUAGAUAAGCUUGAAAGACAGCUUGAGUCAUAAAAAAGAAAAAAAAAGGGGGGAGGG